CCGGCAAUGGACUCAAGAGCAAACUUCAGCCUCACUCUCCCCGGACGUAUUUUCAGCGCUUUUUCCCGCAAAACAGCACACCCGACAUCAUCAGAUCAUUGACAAAUAUUGUGCUCCUGACAAACUCGCAAGCUACGUACAGACGGGGAGAAGGCCUACUCAUUGAAAAUUUUCAAGCGUAGCCUACGGUGCAGGACCUGAGGAAAACGAGAAGCCGGCAGUAAGCAUGGAGGACCUUGCAGCCAAGCGCAGGCAGAUCCAAAAAGAGAUCACAGAGCUGGAGCUUUCUCUUAGCCAAGAUGUGCGUGGCGUGGACGAGGAAAUACUAUCACCAGAUGAUGAAAAUGGCACAGAAAGCAUCAUGGAAAGUAGUGGGGAGGACAGUGACGACGAGGCCUUCAGCCUGCCCCCGGACGCAGAGACCUGCCUGCAGAUGAACUUGGUGUACCAGGACGUGCUGGAGGAGAAGCUGACCGAGCUGGAGCGCCUGCUGUCUGAGAAUAAGGAGCAGCAGCGGGAGGUCAUGGUGCAGGUGUCUGGCCCAACCCCACAAGCUACAACCUCUGGACUACCCGCCCUGAAGCUUUUUCUGGGAAACUUCAUGAAGCCAUACUUCAAGGACAAAGUCACAGGACUGGGUCCUCCUGCCAAUCCAGAGACUAGAGACAAGAUGAACAUGGGGACAAGAACUUAUGAUGAGAUGAAGAUAAGAAGAUGGGAGGGCUGGCAGAAGACUCUGCUGGUCAGCUCCAUUGUAAGUGACACCAUGAAGCGGUUGCUGCAGCCUAAGCUUUUCAAAUUGGAAUACCUGAAUGAAAAAAUGGGAAAAGCAGAAGACAUGGAAAAACAAAUUCUUCAGAAACAAAUCAAUCAAAUAGAGAGGGAGAUUGAUGACAUCAGCUCAUUGAGUGAGGAGCAGCUGAUGGGGAAUCGGCAUGACGACCAUGACUGGGAGAAAAUUUCAAAUAUUGACUUUGAGGGUACACGUAGUGCUGAUGACAUUCAGAAGUUCUGGGAGAACUACCUGCAUCCCAGUGUUAAUAAGUCAUCUUGGAAAGAAGAUGAGAUUGAGAAGCUCAAGGGCAUUGUGGAGAAUAUGAACUAUUGCAAAUGGGAUAAAAUUGCAGAGGGACUUGGGACGAACAGAACCGCCUUCAUGUGCCUCCAGACCCACCAGCGUUAUAUCCACAAAGGCUUCAAGAAAAAGCUCUGGUCCAAAGAAGAGGACCAGGUCCUGAGAGAGCUGGUGGAGAAGAUGCGUAUUGGGAACUUCAUCCCAUACACCCAGAUUUCUUACUUCAUGGAGGGCCGGGAAGCUGCCCAGUUGGUCUAUCGCUGGACUCAGGUUUUGGAGCCCAGCCUUCGGAAAGGCCCUUGGACCAAGGUUGAGGAUGAGAUGUUGCUGAAGGCAGUGGCAAAGUAUGGUGUCCGUGACUGGUGGAAAAUACGGACCGAGGUGCCGGGCAGGACCGAUGCUCAGUGCAGGGAGAGAUACCUGGACUGCCUGACCGAGGACGUGAAAAAGGGCCGAUGGAGCCCGGAGGAGGAGGCCAUGCUGAUAAUGUUGGUGGGGAAGUACGGAGCAGGCCGAUGGGCCAAAAUUGCGUCAGAGAUGCCGAACAGGAUUGACUGUCAAUGCUUGCAAAAAUGGAAGAUAAUGACAGGAUAUCCGCGUAUGGCCAAAAGAUGGAUUAAAAAAGAACCUCCAAAAAAGAGGGAAAAGAAGAGGAAAAAGCCUGAGACGGUGAAAAGGGAGGACGAGGAAGAGGACGCCAUGACGAGCUCAGAGGAGGCGGCACUUUGUCUUUCCAGCGAUGAAGAGUUAAAGGAUCUGGAUGACGAUCAGGAGUCCAACCUGGAAAUGGAGCUGAGGGAAGAGUACAUUCUACCCAGCAUGGAGAAGUGGAUCCCCAAAAAGUCUGGCAUGUUCCCCCACCUGGGCCUACGGGCUGUCCGGGCCGCCCCGGCCGCCCCGGCGGGUAACAAGCCGCCCCUGAGCCGAGCCGCUCUCGGACGUCCGUGUUCAGGGAGCCGCUGGCGCUCCCUGGCCUCUGCCCCUGGCGCGCGGUGGACCGCUCUCGACCGCUUCGGCUGCCCCUUACACACCCGCACGGGAGCGGCCUCUCUAGAACAGCAGAUGAAAGAGGAUCAACAUUCUGAAAGUGAUAUGAUCACAGUGUCACUCAGCGAGGUGAGGAAUCUCCUGCGUUGGAAUGGAGGCUCUCAAAUGAAACAGAGGUGUAAGCUCUCCCGGUUGCCCCGGAGGAAGGCUAAUGAGAAGAGCAGAAAGAAGGGCACUGUGGCCCGUGAGGGGCCAGGCAGCGUCACUCAUCCCUCAUGGCGUCCCAGAGCCAGCGUCGCCCAUCACGUGUGCAGCACCUCCUGCACCACGCAGAACGACGAGGUUCUGCUCGCCAUCACUCCCUGGAUGGGGAACCUGAUUCUGCCUGUCGCCUGCAAAAACAACGAGCGUUGCAAAGCGGAUAUGGUCAGAGAGAAAUCCGAGGCGACAGGACUCAAAAGUACUCCCGUUUUUUCCCUCUUUCUGAAUAUUCUAUCCAUUGAUGCUGAGGGCUGCAAGAAGGUCAUUGAGGCACGAAGGAGUGCGGAGAUCCGCAUUCCUCGGAGACCAGCAGUCAGAAAGAGCCUUCCGUCCGCCCCCCCCCGUAAACGCAGAGUGGCCGAGAUGCUGGCUGAGAAGCGUGAGCAGGAGCGUGGGAAUGAGGCGCAGGAUCAGAAGAAGAGUGGCCUCAUCAUGAUGAUUUCACCGCCCGCGGUAACGACACAACCGCUUCUGCAGGGGAUCGCGGCUCCAAUCGUGUCCGCUCCUGACCAACUUCCAACCGCUGCGAAGGGAAAGGACGCCCUUAGCACGCCAAAGACCGCCCGCUCGCAGAAACGUACUCCGAAACCCAAGGCUGCCCCAAAAGCUAAAUUGCCUGGGAAGUCACAGAAUAACAAGCAAGCUCAGAAUAUCUCCCAGGUGCCGCUCCCUCCCCAAUCCCACAUUUCUUGGAUUUUGACCCCCCACGGCUUGCUGCCAGUGACCGGCCUGGGGAUCCCAAUUGCCCCCCAAGCCCCGCCUGUCGAAAUCAACUCAUCAUCGACCGGGUCUCGCUUUCGACGUCUGAAGCCAAAGCCGGAUAAUUCUCUUACAUUCUAUAUUAACAGGCCGCUGGGCGCGCAGUCUCCCUCAAGCGUGUUGCAGAUCGGGCCCGGUGUGUGCGUCCCAGCUGGCCUUCCCUCCCCCUCCGCCGUAGGGGAGCGGACAGUCUUCAGUCUGGCCCCCGCCCUGUCCGCGUCUCCGGGCACGCAUGCCAAUGUCGCUUGCCACAAUAUAGACGUUUCGUUCACGGCUCCCGGCGGCUCUGUAACGCCUGUUCGCGCUGCAGUGAGUGCGGGCGCGUCUGUGGCUGAAUCGGCUGGCGUGCUUUCCCAGGUCACGCCCGGGUACGCCCCUGCCCUCACUUAUUCCCAAGCGCUACCCACCCUCCAAGUGUGUCGGCCGCAAGCUCCGCACACCACUGCUAACGCUUCGGUUAACCCCGCGACCGCUCCUACAAAACCUGCAUCCCUGUCCCAGCAGGUUUUCAGUCCUGCCACUAAACCUGCUUUGUCUGUCAGCCCUAGACCUGAACAAACUUUGAGUAUUGACCCAGGCCUUAUAUCUGCAGAGGACGCAUCUCACGUGGCAGAAUGGAUGAGAGGGAAAGGGGGGGUCAAGCUCCCUCCGUUAGAUGUUACCCUGCCAUACCUGCCUCCCUUUGUCAGCAGUCUUAGCACACUCAUGGCUCUCCUCAAAUGCAAAAGCCACCUGGAAAGGUGUGCUUCGUCACUACUGUCUUCCGGUGGAGAAAGUUCCGGAGACGGAGCGGCAGAGACAGGGAUCCGCCGGCUGGUUGCGGAGCGUUUGAGCAGUAACCCGGCCUACCUGCUCCUGAAAGCCCGUUUCCUCUCCUGCUUCUCCUUACCUGCCUUCCUGGCCACUGUUCCUCCGCACAGGGAGGAUGAGGACAGUGCAUUCCACUCAGAAGAUGUUGGUUUUCCGCUUUGUGAAGGAAUGCCCAAGCAGGAGGGGCUGCUCAGGACGGAUGGAAAGGGGGCAGAGGCUGGUGAGUUCAGUGGAAUUGCUACUCAACAAAGAACAAGUGCCUGCAGGACAGACGCUCCAGCGGAUGACUAAUGUUCAUAUCGUAUUUGAGUGGUGGAAAUCAAUUAUUCCUGUAAACGAUAUUCAGGAAUGGCAGGAAUGAACACCUCAAAUCUUGUCACUUAUUCCCCCUUAAUAAUCUCUUCAAGACAAACUUGUGAUCAGGAUUCAGCACUUUUUACUGCACUGCAAUAAUCUGUCUUUUGUGCUCUUGUGUAAUGGCAGCCCCUUUAUCAGAGUCUUGAUUAUAUUAAGCAGUGAAACUGAGCAGUUGUAAAUUCUUGGUUUUUUUGGUGUAAUAAUUUGAGACAUGUGAGGAAAGAUGUUGUCAUUGUGAUGUUCUUUUUUGAUAAAAUGUUGAAGAUGCGUUUGUGUUCUGUUAGGUUCAUUGUAUUAUGCAGUUUUGCCACUUACAGGUUUACACCUGUAUAAUUUCUGUUUACUUCAAAUGAUUUAAUUAAGUACUAUGUCAUGUUUUUGAAUAAAGCAUAGCUGUUGUUUUAA